UUUCUUUCCCAAGCCACGCAGGCAAAGCACGCCACCCUUCUCGUUUUCUACAAAACAACCGGAAUCUCCAAAGUCGCUCUCUCCAAAAACCCUAAUUUUAUUUUUCUGCUCGAGUAUUCGACUUAGUCAUGGAGAUCUGAUCCAUUGCUGUUCUCAAAAGCUCAUCCAGAGAUUAAUGCACCAUAUCAUCACGGUCCAGAGAACAGGUGCAUAUUGAGAUAUUGAUAAGAUUUCGCUGCUGAGAUUCAGAUUUAUUUGAUUGAUAUUUUGUCUUUUCGACACUGAUCUGUUGAGGCUGUUCAAAUGGGUGAUAACAAUUCAUCACCGGGAUCCCCUAAUGAAAACCCCGAUAAUGAGACGGAGACUAACCAGUUUCCCAAGGAUGAUAGCGAGCUUGAAAGCAUAGUUCGAAAGUUCCAGGACUCGAUCUCCGUGGGUAAGAAGCACAAGUUCUGGGAAACCCAGCCAGUGGGGCAAUUCAAGGAUAUUGGGGAGACAAACUUGCCUGAGGGUCCAAUUGAGGCGCCUACUCCAUUGUCUGAAGUGAAACAGGAACCCUACAAUCUUCCUAGUGCUUAUGAAUGGACCACUUGUGACAUGAACAGUGAAGAUACUUGCAAUGAGGUUUACAUUCUGUUGAAGAACAACUAUGUUGAGGAUGAUGAGAACAUGUUUAGAUUUAAUUACUCCAAGGAGUUUCUUAGGUGGGCUUUGCACCCUCCUGGUUAUUACACAAGUUGGCACAUUGGAGUUCGUGCCAAAGCUUCCAAGAAGCUUGUUGCUUUCAUCUCUGGUGUCCCUGCAAGAAUCAGGGUACGCGAUGAAGUUGUGAAAAUGGCUGAGAUCAAUUUCUUGUGUGUUCAUAAGAAGCUUCGAUCUAAGAGACUUGCCCCUGUUUUAAUUAAGGAAGUUACUAGGAGGGUCCACUUAGAAAAUAUUUGGCAGGCUGCUUAUACUGCUGGGGUGGUUCUUCCAACACCAAUAACUACUUGUCAGUAUUGGCAUAGGUCUUUGAACCCCAAGAAGCUCAUUGAUGUUGGUUUUUCAAGGCUUGGUGCAAGGAUGACAAUGAGUCGCACCAUAAAACUUUACAAGUUACCAGAUGCACCAGCUACACCUGGAUUUAGAAAGAUGGAGCUUCAUGAUGUUCCUGCAGUUACUCGGCUGCUUAGAAACUACUUGAGCCAGUUUAUUGUUGCUCCUGAUUUUGAUGAGAAUGAUGUUGAGCACUGGCUUCUUCCAACCGAAGACGUGGUGGAUAGUUUUUUGGUUGAGAGCCCUGAGACCCAUGAGAUUACUGACUUCUGCAGUUUUUACACUCUUCCUUCUUCGAUCCUCGGCAACCAGAAUUACUCGACUUUGAAAGCUGCAUAUUCAUAUUACAAUGUUGCCUCAAAGACCCCUUUGCUUCAGUUAAUGAAUGAUGCACUUAUUGUUGCAAAACAAAAGGAUUUUGAUGUUUUCAAUGCACUGGAUGUCAUGCAGAAUGAAUCUUUUCUGAAGGAGCUGAAAUUUGGACCAGGGGAUGGGCAACUCCACUAUUAUGUUUACAAUUAUCGCAUUAGGCAGACCUUGAAAUCAUCAGAACUUGGACUUGUACUUUUAUAAUUUGAUAGAUGGUUAAGUGCUGGUUUAUUUUGCUGAUCAGCUAUGGUGUGGAAUGCAGUUUUUUUACUCCCUUGGCAUCAGCAGUGUUUGGUGAGAUCAUCAAGUGCAGCUCGGGGUACAGAUUUCGUAGUUUUCUUUCCUCCAGCCAAGAUGAUUUAAGCAAUUACUUAACGUUUGUUGCCGUUGCAAACUCUUCCCGGGUCACAAAUAACAUUGAGAACUCUAUAUCUUCCUGUUUUUGGUUUUCCUUUAAAUCUCAAGCCUCUUAUUACUUGUUUUUCCCAUAUAUUUUCAGGUCAAAGAUGCUGUUGCAGCAUGAACACUGGCUUUGCAAAGCCCUGUUCACUUUAUUAUGAUUUAUGAUGCUUGAAUAUUGUUGCCUUUGCAGUUUAUUGUUGUACUCUUUAUUA